CCUACGGGUCAACUUACGAAUGCCGCCGUGUGUCCGGCCAUCCGUUUUGCCACAAAAAGCAUGUCCCCAAAUCGCACCCGACGACCCUUAUCAACGCCGCGUGCGAUUGCAAGCCUUUUUCAGAACCACCAGCUGGAGGGUUCUGAUAGAGCAGCUAGCUGAUAGGCUGAAAGGUGAAGCCUUCUUGCGAAGAAUGUCCACUGGGCAUGUGCCAAACGGACCUGGAAUUGCAUCAAAAACACACAAACCGUGGCGAUUCGCUCGUUCUAAUCAAUGGCGUAUAAAGGCCCGCGUAGGUUAUGAAACCGCGACCAAUUGCUAGCCAGACACCUGGCGGUCACGUUAUAGAAUCGUCGUGAUUUUGACGCGGUGGACUAGAAGUGUCGGUGGACUACGGAUGGACACAGUGGUGGCAGGAACAUUCUCAGUGUUGAGUGCAAAGUAGACAGUGUCCGAGAGAACGUCGCAGUGCAGACGAAAGGUGUUCCAAGGCGCAAUGAAAGUUUCUUGGCGGACAGUGCUUUACGCCGCCAGCUGUCUGGUCACGGUGGUGGUCGUGUGUGGUGGUGUAGCCCAAGUGCAUUCCUUACCCUGUGCCAACCAGGGCAGUGCGCAUCUGGCCAAGAUCGUGUGUUUUAUUACCGCCUCCAACGAACACUAUGACUACGACAGUCUGCGGACGGGGCUGUGCUCACACAUCGUGCUCAUCGAUCUGAUAGGCGUCGGCAAGGACGGAAGUCUAGAGCUGCUGCAAACGUCCAGCCGAUCGCUGAACCGCUUCUGCAAGAUGAAGCAACGUUUCAGCGAUGUUGGUGACGAAGCGAAGUUUGUCAUAUCGAUCGGUGGCGUGGUGCAGAAGUCGUCCCACUUUUCCAAAGCACUGAAAACCGACGACAGCCGACAGGCUCUGUCGGAUGAGCUGAUCUCGUUCGUCAACAAGCACAAGCUGGGCGGGCUGGAUAUUGCGUGGUUCUAUCCUGCUCAGUUCGGUGGAGCAGAAUCGGAUCGUACCAACUUGGUUGUGUUCUUGCGGGACCUUUACCUACGCACCAAGGCGUGUGCGAUAUCGCUCUCACUAACCGUCGGUGUGGAUCCUAAAGAUAUUGAGCUCAGUUACGAUGUGCCCGAGAUCAAUAAGUAUGUAGAUUCCGUUCAUCUACUGACGGGUGAUUAUCACAACCCCACGUCCGCCACACACAUCUCACCACUUUACGGCCAAGGACCGCGAGACCGCUUAAACAUCAACUACAGCGUGAUGUCGUACAUCGAGGCAGGGCUUAACCCACAGAAGAUCAUCAUCAUGGGCUCCUGCUAUGCGUAUUUGUACAUUUCCAAGAUCUACAAAGAAGGCACCACAUGCUCGACUAAGCUUAGGACGGUUAUGCGGCUGAGCUAUCUCUCUGCCAAAGAGCUUAUAACUCGCGAGUCGUUCCACACGUCCUGGGACGAUAUGCGCCAUGUACCGUACGGAACGUUGACCCAGGGCAUCACCAAAAAGUGGCUCACGUACAACGAUGUUGAGUCGAUGAAAAGAAAAGCGGAUUACGCCCAACACUACCAGCUCGGCGGUAUGGGACUGUUCAGUGUGGACGAGGAUGACUACGGUGGGCGUGCCGGAUGUGGCCGGUAUCCAAUGCUACGCGCCAUAGUGUCCGUUCUAUACCCUGAGCUGGACUGUACCGAGGAGGAGACGGAGGAGGAAAUCGAAACUAUUGUUUGUCCGUACACAGGUUACUUGACUGAUCCGGCCGAACCCGAGUGCUACUACAUGUGCGAACAGGGCAUUGGCCUUCACGACUGUCCAAAGAAAUGCUGUCCUCAGGGGCAAACGUUUAGUACCGCGCAAAACGGCUGCGGAUAUCAGCCUGUAGUUGUUCAGCCUUAUAAUUCCGAUCCAGGUUAUAGUCUCAUGGGACCACCGGUUGUGUACCACCCUCCGGAGCAAUAUCCUCCAACUAACAUGUAUAUCGAACAAGCGCAUCCGUAUCCGUUCCGCGAUUCCGGAACACAACAGUCGACCGGAUUGGUAAAGAUUGGCCAAGAAAAUAUUCCUUUGAUGUAUACUGCAGCAGCAUCAUCACCAGCUCCUGUUUACCAGCCUCCACCAGUCAGUACUAGCUCUCCGCAAUCUUGCUCACAGGUGAUCGUUGAUGUGCCCACCGGUUACAUGGCAUCUCCCUCUACUAUGGCACCGAUGUACGCUUUGAUUGACGAGCCAAUGCAUCAAGCGUCAAACAUAGUGCCACAGGUAAUUAUAAUGCCGAACGCGUUCGAGGGACAUAUCCCCCAAGCGUCAAAUGCAAAAGAAGAAAUUGAAAUGUUGAAUACUCCGUGCGCGUUAACGGGUGAAGAUCCAGAUCGUACCACUGAUCCUCCGGUGAGAAUAACACCAAAACCGCACACCCAUCGACCCUCGAAAAAGAUGGAAAAGUCCCGAAAAAGGAAAAGUCGAUCCAAGUCACACUCGUACAAAACAACUUCCACAGAAACUCCACAGAACGAUAGUACAUCAACAGUGACUUCAACAGAAGCUGAGUCGACCGCUAGUGUGCCAGUAACGACAACAGCGAAAUCAACUGCAAAACCGUCACGAGCACGUAAAACGACAGCUAAAACAACUCCACCGCCGGCAACCGAAACAACAGUGCCAAGAACGUCCUCCUUCUCGUCAGCUUCAAGUACAUCCUCAACAACGACCAUCUGCAUCACCACACCGAGCACGGUGACGGAGACGACCGCACCAAGCACCAGAGCAGUAACAACACCCAACGUGACUUUCUCAGACAAAACAUCCACGAUCUACACAACUUCAACAUCGGCAACGAGUACGUUGUCUAGCGACCAGGUAACAACAACAACGACGCUAUCGUCCGUACCGACAACGUUAUCCAACACGUGGAUAACAUCAACUUCAGUUGGCACAUCUACGGAAAACGAUGCACCAUUACCGCUAGAAACGACCUGAUCGUCGUGGUGAAGCUGGUUCUGUGCUGAACAGAAGGUGCGAUAAAAAAGACUUUAUUGUUUAACUAUUUAUGUUGUAGGUAUAAUCGACUUGUAUUUAUUACACCAGGUGCACAAUUAAUAAACAUAAAACAAACAAAAUCACUGCGCUGUGAGACGCAGCAGUGCGGAUUAUUCGUACACCUCGCCACAGGGCUUACGCAUUGCUUCCGUCCGAUCGACAAACAGCAAAUAUGCGUGCUUGUUGGAUGUUUUUAAUGAAGUACUUAACAAUUUCAUCGCAAUUAUUAGAUACAUCAAUAUUUGCGACAUGUUUAUGCUUUUUCGCUCUCAGAGCCAAUUUCGAGAGCAUUUGGGUUUGUUGGGUCUGCAUAACACCUCCAACUCCAAAUCGAAUGUUACUCGUGUAUGUCUAUGAACAUGUUCCGGUGUCGAUGUGGUAGAACAUGCAAACCAGAAUGCUCGUUCACGUACUGUAGGCUAAAUGCGAAUUAUGUCAACAGUGCAGCGAGUAUGCCAAGGGUGGUCCGUAUUGCAAACUGUGACACACGCACACCGGUAUUUAGACCGUUCUGUAAACAAAAAAGCCAUCCAACACACCCGCUACUCUCCAAAGAGCCUUCACACGGGCGAUUGAGCGCAUGCAUACAUAUUUCGUGUAACCUCUCCAUCCCCAAAUAACAACACGACCUCACCGGGCACGGAGUGUGAGACGGCCAACGAGUGCCGCGAGGUUGAUUUGCAUUGAACACGACACUAACAACAACAACAUCACCUUUAUGGCGGUCGUGUUUUUGUCUCGGCAGCAGCACCGUUUGGUUGAACUUUACACAACUCGUCACCCCGCUGCUGAUGCUCGCCUAGAUGCUCGGCCGGAGGAGCGCUUGCCGUGUGUAGAACCGGCACCAGCAAGCCCAUAUAUGGUAGAACAUUUUAUUCGAUCAAUUUUCAACCCUCUCGAUUAUCCAUUCCUACCCUUGCCGGAUGGAGGUCGUAUGAAGCUGUCGAGUGUAUACGUUUUUUAGUGUGACAUACAGCUCGGUAGACAUACGGACCCCAUAUGCGCCAUCUGGGAGGAGGAGAACGUCGGUACGAUCAUCUGGCGCCAGUGUCGGCUUCACUGUGCACGGAAGAGGUGCCUGCGAACUUCGAGGGUUAUCUUGGA